AUGUGUGAUGACUGUCAGCGUGCGGAAGCAAAGGAUUUUUGGCGUGCUUGUGUUCAAGUUCGUCAGAAGUGUGAAUUUAAAAAAACACUAUUUUAUCUCGAACAACUAGUCCUGAAACACCGUGCUCAUCUCAGCACAACGGCUAUCAAGCCUGUCUCUACAGGGGUUGAUUUCUUUUAUGCAAAACUGCAAGAUGCCAGAAAGUUCGUUGAUUUCAUCACCGCUCAUUUGCCAUGUAGAUAUUCAUACGCGCAGGAAUUGGUGACACAUGAUGUCAAGAAUAAUACUUAUGACUACAAACAUACUUUCUGCGUAGAGGUAGUACCCAUAUGUCGUGGUGAUUUGAUAUGCCUACCGAAGAAGAUAGCGCAGGCUUUGGGUAAUAUGAAUCAGAUGGUUGUAUGCGUCAGAGUUAACAAUGUCGUCGGUGUUAUUGAUCCGAGCACUUUGCAGAUAGCAAAUGUUAAUGCAACUCAAUAUUGGCGUGAUCCCUUUCAAACUUUAUGUCAAUCAAAACAGUUGAGCGAGUUCUACGUAGUAGAUGUAGAAUAUAUUGAUUUUAUUCAGUUGACUGCAGGAUGUAGUCAUUUGUCGACGAAGCAUCGUUUAGCCGACAUUUGGGUAGUUCCUAGCAAUCAGAUUGGACAAGAUAAUCAAGAGGUCUGCACGCGAUCUCAUCUUGGACAUUUGUUAAAACCAGGCGAUCUUGUGUUAGGAUAUGAUUUACGCAAUAGCAACGUGAAUAGCUCAUUGCUGGACGACAUGGAAACGGAUAAAAUACCUGAUAUUAUCUUAGUUCGGAAAAUUUACGAUCGGUCUGUACGACGAGAACGACGUAACUGGAAAGUGAAACGACUGAUUCAAAACGACAGUGAUGUUUAUGAUAGCUCUUCUCUAGACAACGAAUUCGAGAACUUUCUGGAAGAUUUGGAGGAAGAUGAACAAAUGAGACAGAAGAUCAACAUUUAUUGGGACAAUGAGAAAGAACAAGCAGUUUGUUCUAAAGAUAUUGCAUUAGAUUUACCACCGGGUCCUUCGCUUCACGAAAUGUUGAAUGAUCUUGACCUCAGUGCCGAUAUUGAAAUGAAUUAA